AUGGCGAACGAGAACAAAGUGGACGUAUUGAUCGUUGGCGCCGGCCCGGCUGGGUUAAUGGCCGCGGCAUGGAUGGCUCACUGUGGCAUCAACGCUCGUAUCAUUGACAAGCGAAACACCAAGAUCUUCUGCGGUCAGGCUGAUGGACUGCAAUGCCGAAGCUUGGAGAUCUUUGAUAGUCUCGGCUUUGCAGACCGAGUCUGGAAAGAGGCGAACCAUAUGAUUGAGAUCUGCAUGUGGAAUCCUGGCCCAGAUGGAAUUAUUCGUCGCUCAGACCGUAUCCCCGAUACCAUCGUUGGCCUUUCUCGCUUCCAGCAAGUCGUCGUGCACCAAGGCCGCAUCGAGCGUUUCUUUCUCGACAACAUCAAGAAGUAUUCCAAAGACCAAAUCAAGGUCGGACGUGCCAUCCUUCCAGAGACCAUCGAUAUCGACAAGUCUCAGCUUGAGAAUCCGGAAGCUUAUCCUGUGACGGUAAAACUUCGUCACCUCACCGAAGAAGAAGCUACCCCUCCCCAGCAAGCCACUGCCAGCAAGAACCAAGCUUCAGACGGCCUCUUCAGAAGCAACCUUGUCUUUGAUGAUGAAGUAGACAACGACAGCGUCCUUCGUCAAGCCCAAGCUCGCGACGCUGCCAGCGAAACAAUCCACGCAAAAUACGUUAUUGGAUGCGAUGGCGCACGAAGUUGGGUUCGUUCCCAGAUUGGACUGGAGCUGCAAGGCGAAGCGAGCGACAUGAUCUGGGGUGUGAUGGAUAUCAUUCCCAAGACUGACUUUCCCGACAUUCGUGUGCGCUGUGCUAUUCACUCUGCCGAGAACGGUAGUUUGAUGGUCAUUCCGAGGGAGAAUAAGCUGGUGAGACUGUAUAUCCAGCUAAAGGAGGUUACGCCUGAUGCUUCUGGUCGGGCGGAUAGAUCCAAGAUUACUCCGGAUUUCAUCUUCAAGGCGGCGCAGAAGAUUAUAAGUCCUUAUAAGUUGGAUUAUGAGUACUGCGAUUGGUGGACUGCUUACCAGAUUGGUCAACGAGUUGGCACUGCUUUCGACUCCCAUGAGCGCAUCUUCCUCGCAGGCGACGCUGUCCACACGCACUCUCCAAAAGCAGGCCAAGGCAUGAACGUCUCCAUGCAGGACUCCUACAACCUGGGUUGGAAAAUCGCCCUCGUUGUCAAAGGUAUCGCAAAGCCCGAUAUUCUCAAGACAUACCAAAGCGAGAGACGCCGUGUAGCGCAGGACCUGAUCGAGUUCGACCAUCGAUUCAGUCGCCUGUUCUCAGGCCGUCCAGCAAAGGAUGUCAUGGAUGAAGAAGGCGUCAGCAUGGAAGAGUUCAAAGAUGCCUUUGAGAAGGGCAACAUGUUUGCUUCAGGUCUUUCAGUAAACUAUGGACCUAGUAACAUCGUCGCCAAGGCCGGUGAUGCUUUGGCUCAGGCUGAUGGCGUCAAGGUGGUUUCACCUCCUGGAAUUUUCCUGACCGAGGAGAUUUUCGGCAAGAAGCAGGCUCUUGCUACUGGCAUUCCUGUUGGAAUGCGCUUUAACAGCUUUAAAGUGCUGAACCAAGCUUGUGCUCGUCCGUACCAUUUCCAAGAGCGACUGAAGGCGGAUGGCCGAUUCCGCAUCGUGCUUUUUGCAGGAGACGUGCUUGACCCUGCACAAAAGUCUCGCGUGGAAGCUUUCUGUCAAGCCCUGGACGACCCGAACAGUUUCUUGCACAAGGUCACACCCAAAGGACAGAAAAUUGACAGCGUCAUCGAAGUCCUGACCAUCCACUCCUCCAAGCGCUGGGACACGGAUAUAAUCCGUGAUUUUCCUUCCAUCCUUCGUCCAUGGGAUGAGCACACGGGUUACGACUACGAGAAGGUACACGUCGAUGAUGAGAGCUACCAUGAAGGCUACGGAAAUGCGUAUGGCAAUUAUGGUGUUGAUAGGAAGAGGGGAUGUGUUGUUGCUGUGCGUCCUGAUCAGUAUGUUGGAUGGGUUGGUGAAUUGGAGGAUUUUGAUGAUUUGAACAAGUACUUUGAGGGCUGUUUGGUUAUGAGGGAAAGGGAUUGA